GUUGAAGAGGUGGCCACGAAAAGUAUUUUGAUGGCAGGCUGGAGAACAUCAUGAGAGUAAACUUCGGGCCUGUCGACUAUCAUCUUGGCAAUAAGUAUUGAAUCUUAGCCAAAGUGCUUGGAUGCAAAGUGGAGCCAAUCAGUAAAUCCAUCCCCCCUGCUUUUCCUGGCCAUGAGGUAAUUGGCAGCCUAGUUCAUGUCUUGAUGGGAAGCUCUGCCAUGUGGAAGGAUCACAUCUCAGGUUUCUUGACAACUGGAUGACUUUUGAGAACAGAUCUAGGACAGAUCUAUUCUUGGAUUGUGGAUAGGCAUCAGCCUACUAACGUCAUAUGGAACAGAUCUCCUUUACAGAAAGGGGUUUGGAUAAGGAGGAAAGACCAUCAGAAGAAAAGAUAAGACACUCUCUUCUCAUUCCAGUAAGAGCCACAUGCAAGGCAAGAAUCAGAGUCCAGCUCAGAUGGGGGAACUCUAGGAAGAGAGAAAUCCAUUCCAUGGAUAACUGCCAAGAUAGAGCAAGACAGCAUCAAGGACAUGAGCCAAAACUGCAAAAGGACUGCUUGACUUUGGAAAAGAAACCAAAGGCCUCUGACACUGUACACAUCAGUGAAAUGAGGAGACCCAUGAUGCCUGCUGUGGGGGACCCCCAGAGGCCCACACCGGGCACAGCGAGUGGCCUAGAUCUCAGUCUCAACAGACCACCCACUGCCACUUCAGAAAAGCCUGGUGACCUCUCUGCACACUCCGUCUGAAGCCAUUUAUCACAACACAGCCCAGGUGUGGGAACAGUAGGCCUAUUCUCUGCUGACCUGGCAGCACCUGUCUGAGCUCACCUGGCUCCAGGGGCCUCUGUGCUGUGGUACAAACCUGUGCCAUGGCCAUCCAGAUGGCCUAUGUCUUCCCCUCUGAGGGCUGGCUCAUCCCAGC